AUGGAAAGUGACUUGUCUGAAAAACAUCCACCUGAGAAAAAGCUUUCUAAUAAUUCAGACAGUUCUGCAAACAAAGAAAAUGACACCAGCAUUGUUAACAAUCUCAACGAUGAUCAACCUGAAAGUGAAACCUGUGAUCAGCUCGUGUCGCAGUCUCCUAAAACAGAGGUGAAAGUGAAAGAACCAGACAACACAAGUCAUGAGAUUGAGGAAGUUCAUCAAGAGGAGAAAGGAAAUGAUGAGAAGAUUGAAGAAACCCCUCCUGAAAUUCAUUAUACCCUUGAAACUGUCUCUCGAGAUAUUGAUCAGUUUCUUGCAACACUCUCAGCCACUCCAAAAGAUGCAAAAGAAGAAAAAGACGAGAAGGUGGUGGAGAUUCCUGCGUUCGUUGAGAAAUUUUUGGAUCUCGUUGAAGAAAAGGUGGCAGAACAUGACUGGAAUGAAGGGAAGAAGUGCGAUCAAAAUCCUGAAGACGAUUCGUGGUUUCUUGAAGCUGUGAAUCGGGUAUCCAAGUUAACAUCUUCCCUCUAUGAAUUGAGAUCCGAUCCAAAUCAUGCAUCAUUGGUCAACCGCAUUGGAGAGAAUCAACAGCGAGCAAUGGCAUACUUGGAGGAUGAAUUCAGGGUCAUUCUUGAAGAUGUUAAACACAAUGAUCCAGAUCAUAAUAACGAUGCAAAAGGGAAGCAACAUGAAGCUGAUCGUUGCGUGGUCCCAGAAUCUGAAUCAACAGAAACUGACAACUUUUUAGGAUAUUCUGAUGAAGCUGUUUCCAGAUUGAACAGAAUUGCGAAGGAGAUGAUUGAAGGAGGAUUUGAAUCUGAAUGUUGCCAUGUGUACAUGAUGAUUAGGGGGCAAGCACUUGAUGAGUGCUUUGUCGAUAUAGGAUUUGAGAAGAUCAGCAUUGAUGAGGUGCAAAAGAUGCAAUGGGAAGCGUUAGAGAGAGAGAUCCCUUUAUGGAUCAAGGCCGUCAAGGAAUGUGCAAGCAUGUACUUCGUGAAAGAGCUAAAGCUCGCAGAGGCUGUUUUCUCCAGUUUUCCCUCAAUCUCCUCCAGCCUUUUCAGCAAUCUCACGCGCAGUGUGAUGAUCCAGCUCCUCAAUUUUGCUGAAGCUGUUGCACUGACAAAGCGGUCGGCAGAGAAGUUAUUUAAGUUUCUUGACAUUUAUGAAACUCUGCGUGACAGCCUUCCAGCCAUGGGAGCUUUGUUUUCGGAGGAAUAUGAAAAUGAGCUUAAGACAGAGUCAACAACAGCUCGGUGUCGGAUUGGAGAGGCUGCAAUUUGUAUAUUUUGUGAUUUGGAGAAUUCAAUCAAGUCCGAUACAGGAAAAACUCCAGUGCCUGGUGGUGCGGUUCACCCUUUGACUCGCUACACGAUGAAUUAUUUGAAGUAUGCUGGUGAAUACAAGGCUACUCUUGAGCAAGUCUUUCGAGAACAUACAAAGAUAGAACGUGCUGAUUCAACAAGCAGGCCACGUUUCGAAAGCGAGGCUCCAAAAUUCAACAAGGACAAUGAUGAAGAAAAUGAGUCUCCAUUUUCAAAUCAAUUGAUGAGAGUUAUGGACUUGUUAGAUUCCAAUUUGGAGGCCAAGUCGAAGCUUUAUAGGGAUAUUGCAUUGAGCUACAUUUUCAUGAUGAAUAAUGGACGCUACAUUGUGCAAAAGGUCAAAGGCUCCACAGAGAUCCAUCAAGUGAUAGGAGACACAUGGUGCCGCAGGAAGUCCUCGGAACUCAGGAACUACCAUAAGAAUUAUCAAAGAGAGACGUGGAGCAAACUCCUGAUUUGUUUAGGCCCUGAGGGACUGCAAGUGAAUGGAAAAGUAAAUAAGCCAGUGCUGAAAGAGAGGUUCAAGAGCUUCAACAUGUUAUUUGAUGAGAUCCACAAGACGCAGAGCUCAUGGGUGGUGAGUGAUGAGCAACUUCAAUCAGAGCUCAGAGUUUCUAUAGCAGCGCUGGUGAUACCGGCAUACCGGUCCUUUCUGGGGAGGUUUUCGCAGUACUUAACCCCUGGAAGGCAAUCGGAAAAGUACAUAAAAUACCAGAGUGAAGACUUAGAGACUUAUAUUGAUGAACUUUUUGAUGGAAAUCCUACUUCCGGGGCUCGUAAGAGACCAUGA